AAUGGUUUGGGAAAAGCCACAAAAACGUGCAAAGGCGGUACCCACUAUGUGAUAGGCACUGUGUAAGGUGUUUAUAGUGUCCUCGCGGAGGCGGCACGCUGGUUGGGAGACAGCACCGGUGACCGCGCUGUUGUGGAUGUGGGGUGGCUGUCUUUGGGACUCGAGGAAAGAAAUAGUUGAAAUAGUUAAGCUGAAAUCUCCCUCAUGAUAAAGAGUCUGGGCAUGAAGACGUCUGAAGACAAGGCAUUCCAAGCCAAAGGGCCGGUCAAUGCAAAGUCCCUGAGGUGUCUUGGUAGAAAGUGGAGAUGGCCCCACCCACACAAGAAGGAACACGCUGGCUUACACGUGGUGUCUUGAGGUUUUGGUGCGGAGUCCCCUUUUGGGAGGACUUUUGUUUGCUUGUUUGUUUUUUGAGGGCGCCGGUGAGCCAUGAAGAACUUUGAGGAAGAGAAGGCCCAGCUGCGUUCUGCCACAGAUUGGUGUCCCCGAUCGGAAGUGUCCCAUUGAAGGACGCAGCAUCUGAAGAGGAAGGAGGGCGCUUCGGUGAAGUCUAGCCUGAUUGGCCUGGAACACACUCCUUAUAACACCUGGGGCGAAUGCCCGGUAACUGCAGCCUCGCUGUGGCCAGGAGGCGCGCGUGUAUCAUCAGGCUCCCAGGAGUACCUGCUACACACUGGGCUCUCACAUCCAGAUAGAAAAACCCUCUCUUCCUGGACCAGGCAUGAAUGAGCCAGAUGAAGAACUAGAGAUCGAGAGAGGCUGACUGUGUGCACCGAGGUGACCCAGCCUGGAGACUGAGCUGACUUGUGACUGAUGUGCCUGUUUCGCCAACUGACAUGUGGAUGCAACCAUAACACUAGCCUGGGCCACCCAGAUCACUGCCUGCUGGAGCUAACUUGCAUGGUGUCGAGAGCUCAGAAUGCUUAAUGUUCUUUCCUAAAUUAAGGGCAGCAGGAGGACUCCGAGUGGCCACGUGAACUUGGGUUCGAGUCUUGUCUCCCUGUGCUCAUUGGGAGGCUGGUGUGGGUGUGGUGGAAGGUGACUGCCGGUGGCCCGGGAGUUGGUGAUCUUAGGAGUAACAUCAGCUCUGGCGCAGGGGACAAGCGCAGGCCUUGCGGCCAUGAAGCUGAACGAGCGCAGCCUGGCCUUCUACGCAACCUGCGAUGCGCCAGUGGACAAUGCUGGUUUCCUCCACAAGCGUGGUGGACGUGGGGCGAGCUCGCACCGGCGCUGGUUCGUGCUUCGUGGCAACAUGCUCUUCUACUUUGAGGCAGAGGCCAGCCGCGAGCCACUGGGCGUCAUCCUGCUGGAGGGGUGCACGGUGGAGCUGGUGGAUGUCCGGGAGGAGUUUGCCUUCGCCGUGCACUUUGCUGGCGGUCGCUCUCGGCCCUAUGUGCUGGCAGCUGAUAGCCAGGCAGCCCUGGAGGGCUGGGUGAAGGCGCUGUCACGAGCCAGCUUCCACUACCUGCGCUUGGUGGUGCGUGAGUUGGAGCAGCAGCUGGCAGCCAUGCGGGAGGGAAGCCCUGCCAAUGCCUUGCCGGCCAACCCAAGCCCGGUCUCGAACCCACGACCCAAGGAGAAUGGCCGGGCAGUGUGGAGUGCACUGCCUGAGCAACCCACUGUAGCUCCCCAGCGCCCACCACUACCGCCCCGUCGCAGGGCCUCUGCUUCUAAUGGGCCCUUGGCAUCAUUUGCCCAGCUGCAUGAGCAAUAUGGACUGGAGGUGAGGGCCCUCAGGAGCCAGUGGCGUGGAGGCCACACUGGCCUAGCUGGCCUGGAGGUCUCCUGGCAUCCUUCUGGUUCUGGUGGGACUCAUACCCGGGACCAGCCUUAAGGGGCCUACUGGCUGUGAGGGAGGCCUGAGUACAGUAUCACUUGGGCUCAAGCCAGGCUUCCAGGGGACAUCGGACAUGUAACCCAGAAGCCCUGACCUCUGGGCUCUGUGGCAGUUACUGCCAAGAAGAACCUGGGACCUGAACAUUCUACAAGAACGCAAGGAAUUGGUUGCUAGAGAACCCGGCCCCAGGACAGCCCUGGAGUAGACCACAGGUCCAGUGGCUGCUGCCUGGGCUGCUCAUGUGGGUCUGAAGCAGCAGGUAGAAAGUGGAGUUAAACGGGAUAAAUCCCCAAGGCCCUGGCCUGGAACCAGCCGAGGCAGGACUUUGCCCGGCCUUGGCAGGCAAGGCCUCUUAGAGCCAACUAACCUCCAGUCCUGGGCUGUGGCCGAGCUUCCUCCCAGGUUCACCUCUGACUGAUUCCACGCCUGCUGGGGGAGAGCCCAGGUGCUGCUCCCUGCCACCCAGACAACCAGUGGCCUCCCUGCUAGGUCCCUUCUCAGUGCUGGCUCUCUUCCAGAGGGUUGGGCGGGACAACCUGCCCCACCUGGGUCUUGUUUACAGUCCUCCUCAGUGCCCUGCCCAGGGGACUGGAGGACACUCACUCCAGUCUCUGCGUCAGAUGGACAGAUUUCACCCUGGCCCCACUCCUCUGUCCUGGGAGGCCCUGGGUUGGGGUUCUGUAGGUGAUUCUGCCACCAGAGCCUCUUGGCUGCCUGCUGGCUCAGGCGCCAGGGCUUGGCUGUGGGUUUUACUUUAAAGUAUAUAAGGUACUGCAUUUGUCUUUCUUCCAGCAGUGAAGUUUAGUAUCCGCACCCCCCCCCCCCACGUUACUGUUGACUGGAGGGAAGGGGUGGCAUUGUCCCCAGGGAGUCCAGCCCUACCAGGAGACACGCUGACGCCCAGCUGACUUGGCCUUUACCUCUCUGUCCCCUGAGCUCUGCUGUCUGCACAGGUGCCUCUGGGGACUUGGUCCCUUUCUUUUUAACUCUCCCACUGGAUGGGGCUCAGGACUCUCUGGUGUGACCCAGCUGGCGGGCUAAGGCAUAGACUCUAGUCUGGGAUGGGUUUACAAACUCUAAAGGUACAGGGCAGGAGGUAGGGGAGGGGGAGAUGCCCUUUUUUCCCAAAGCACAAAGGUGGUCCAGCUGACUCUAGGGCUAAGAGAUGUCUGCCAUGGACAGGGUACGAGGUCCAAAAUAAAAGCUGGUCAAGGAA